UGACUGCAGCUGUGCACCCAGACAGCACCCGAGGGAUGUGGGGCAGCCAGGGAACAGGUCUGUUGGACGCCCUCUCUGUGCCGCUGGUCGUGGCCGUGAUGUGCUGCGCCCAGAGCGUCAACGAACCGGGGAACAUGUCUUUUGUCAAAGAGACAGUGGAUAAACUGCUCAAAGGAUAUGAUAUCCGUCUUCGGCCAGACUUUGGAGGUCCACCGGUUGCUGUUGGCAUGAGUAUAGACGUGGCAAGUAUAGACAUGGUGUCAGAAGUCAACAUGGACUACACGCUGACUAUGUACUUCCAGCAGUAUUGGAGAGAUAAGAGGCUGGCUUAUGCAGGGAUCCCUCUCAACCUGACACUAGACAACAGAGUAGCAGACCAGCUCUGGGUCCCAGACACCUAUUUUCUCAAUGACAAGAAGUCCUUUGUGCAUGGUGUCACAGUAAAGAACCGGAUGAUUCGACUUCACCCGGAUGGCACUGUUCUCUAAGGCCUCAGAAUCACGACGACGGCGGCCUGCAUGAUGGAUCUGAGGCGAUACCCGCUGGACGAGCAGAAUUGCACUCUGGAAAUUGAGAGUUAUGGUUACACAACAGAUGAUAUAGAGUUUUACUGGAAAGGAGGAGAAACUGCUGUGACCGGGGUAAAACGCAUUGAGCUCCCUCAGUUCUCCAUAGUGGACUACAAACUGGUUUCCAGGAAUGUAGUCUUCUCCACAGGUGCCUACCCUCGACUGUCUCUGAGCUUCAAGCUGAAGCGAAACAUCGGAUACUUCAUCCUGCAGACGUACAUGCCCUCCAUCCUCAUCACCAUCUUGUCCUGGGUGUCGUUCUGGAUAAAUUAUGACGCCUCAGCUGCCAGAGUUGCAUUAGGUAUGAUUUUUCCAAUGCAGUGA